AUGCUGAAGACCUGCAACACAUGCUGGAGCAACUAUAUCAGGUCCUUGCGCCUUAAGAAGAAUAUGGAAAAGACCAAGGUUAUAGCGACAGGCGAUCUCACACCGAAUCCCAUUUCAUUGAACGGGCAACUGAAGCAGGUGCAGGAGUACACUAAACUAGGACAGGCAAGCCGUGGUCGGGAUUCGAUGAUGCCAGAGGAUAAUCUUGGGAUGGGCAGCCUUAGGAAAGCUGAAUUGGGUAAU